AUGACCAAGUUUCUGAUACUCGCAUUAACAAUAGUUUCAGUGGUAGCGGCUCGGCCUGAAUAUGGAAGUAGUAGUGAAGACUCAGACAUCAGUCACGAGGAAUACGGUAGUAAGCACGAGGGACACGUGGACUGGCACGUCGGCUACGGGGUGGGACACGUCGCCGGUGCAGUGACGGAACAUGCUGAAACUGGACAGCAGCACGGUGGUAGUGGAGUGAGCGUAGGGCAAGGUAGCAGCGGCGUCGGCGUCGGCACCGAGCAUGCAAGCACCAGUGUAAGACAGACACCAGUGGGCAGCGGGGCAGUACACAGUGUUUACAGCGGCGGCACCAGCGUAGGCAUGGCGCUCGCUAAAGGCGGACGCCGCAAACCUAACGGAUUGGGAUAUGGACACGGACCCCACAGGCACAGCGGCACCAGCAUAGGAGUCGCAAUGUCCAGAGGUAGUACCCACAAAGCCACAAGGGCAGCGGGCGAUGAGCACGGCAGCGGUGUUGAACAACGCGGCCACAGUUUCGGAACCGAUCGUGGAUCAACUCACGGCAGCAGCACCGGACAUUCCACGCACGCCUUCGGUCAUGGAUCUGAGCAAGGAUCUAAACAAGUAUCGGAGCAUGGAUUUGAAAAGGGAUCAAGUCAUGGACAUGGACACGGAUACGGAUCGGGCCACGGAUUCGAUCACGGACAUGGGCAAAGAUACGAACACGGUGGCUAUUUUGGUCAAAACACGGGGUACAGCGGUGAAGACUUCGGUGAUAGUGGCGAAGAAAAUCACGGGGCCCAUGAACGUUAUUAA